GUGGACAUUUUUCUCAAAUUUAGUGAAAAAAAUCAAUAUUUUGAGUUAUUUUCUGCAUAAAAAUGCAUUUUGGUUACAUUUCUAGUGAGAAAUAUAUAUUUGAUUUUCAUAACAUUCUCUCAGUGAAUGUACAUAAUCACUCGCUUGCUCGUUGUUCUGAAGAUUUUCCAGAUGUCGCCAGAAUAACGUGAAACUGUUCUGUAGUUAAGUUGGUAAGGACGCCGCUAUCACUUAGCAUAGCCGUGGCCGCACAUUUCGCUCCGUCUGACGGAUCAAACCCUCCCUCGCCUGCUGCAUGUGUUGUAUCUACAGGCCAGUGGAAAAGAAUAGGAUAAAAACGUGAACAUGUUACAAUUUUCCGGCUCUAAAUGUGAGACUGAUACAUUUUGUACUAUGGACAAACUUAGUUAUUUCACAUUUUGAUAUAAGACUGGGUUGGUUUUUUCAUAUAGCGCCACAUCAUAACAAAAGUUAUCUCACGACAUUUUACGUUUAGAGCUGGUCUAAACCAGACUCUUAAACCAGGAAUACUCUCUGGCAGUUGUGAGAAAAAACUUCCCUUUAAAAGGCAGAAACCUUGAGCAGACCCCGACUCUUGGUGGAUGGUUAUCUACCUUGACCAGCUGGAGUUAAAGAGAGAGAGUUAAAAGAUGAGAGAGAGAGUCAGAGACAUUGGUUAGAUUAAAAUACAUUAAUGGCUAAAACUUUAGUGUGGCUCAGUGCCACUCCCUGCCCAUUACAUGAGGAAUUUUCUAGGUUACAGUUUAUUUUUGAUAGUGGGCUAUUUGAUUUGAACCUUUAAAUAUUCAAGGGCCUUAAAUGCCACACCCCUAGUUGACCCAAACAUACUUACAUUACAUAUCAUAACACCUAAAAUAUUUUCAUUAUAUCUCAGAUUUCCGCUGUCUUCUGGUUGUGGUAUGCAUGUGAAAAUCCACACAUAAAGUGUCCGGUGCUGAAAAACAAUAUGUAGCCAAAAUAACCAAGGAAUUGUGCAAGGCACAUACAAAUAUUUAGAAAAUGGAGCUUUUAACCCAGACAGUGAGACACUACUAUGCAAGAGGGUUAUUUCACAAUGGUCAUGUGACUUCAUAGCGGUGUAAAAGGCCAGUGAUUUCACAUAAAUUAUAGCUGUGUAACCUGUCAUUAAAGCACCACUGGAACACACACAACUCCAGAGUGUGUCCGCAUGAACAUUCUCUGCACAGUUUGUGUUGCUGGCUGUUUGAAAGCAGCUCAGUAAUCCAGGAUCAGAGAGUACAAAGGGCCUCAGAGUGUUGGUGAUGUAAGCACUGUGUCCAGUGCCUACCCUGCUGCUCGCUCCCAAACACUACCUGGGGGGCGCGAGAGGUGGGAAAGGGAGGACCUUCCCUGUCUUGGCUGAUCCCAGAGGAUAACAUCAGGACAGCAUCAGGGUAAAUGAAGGUGGUCAGCUGAUGACCUGAGACACGGGACACCAGGGAAUAGGAGAAAACCCUGACCACUGCAUGGUAGAGGAAUGUGGCUAAGCUGUGGGGAGUGGUGGACUGGCUCUGUGUGACGAGGCAAACAGACCGAGGGACUUUUGCCUGUUAUUGUACUUUCUUGGACGGCCACACUGCCUCAGCUGGCUGUGCACACUCAGGUUUCCAUGAGCAUGCUGCAGAACUCCGGUCAAACCAUGGAGGGCCUGAAUGCCCGUCUGAAGGGCUUCUUGGAACAGGUGAAACGGCUGCAGGAGACCAACAUGCGACUGGAGGCUCAGAUCGCCGACUGGGCUGACAGGACCAGCUCACGCUCCCAGGACUGGACCCAGCAGGAGCAGAUGGUGAAGGAGCUCCGUGCACAGGUUGGUAAACUACUGAUGGAGAAUGCCCAGCUGGCAUUACAGUCUGACAGCAUGAAGUCCAAAGCUGCUGCCAUCCAGGCCAGGUGUGAGACAGAGGAGAGGAACACAAGACGUCUGGAGCAGCAGGUGGCGCUGCUCAGAGAGUCCAAGAAGAAGGUGGAGCAGAGCAGUAUGACGUUACAGACAGAGCUGAGCCACUCCAUGACUGAGCUGCAAGGGCUGCAUCAGGAGUUUGAGGCAGCCCGGGCUCUGCAGCGGCAGCGGGCCGAGUCUUGCGAUGCUCUGUUAGCGACAGACACAGCAGCAGCAGCAGCAGCAUCAGGACCAGGAGGAGGGGUGGAGGAGGAUGGCACAGGGAUGGAGCUCACCCGGCUCCUCGACCGAAUCAGAGCGCAGUGCGACCAGAGCAGACUUCCCAGCCCGAGCGAGAGACGCCUCAGCCUGGGGAACUUCCCGACUCCACUGGUCGGUUCUGUCGGGCCUGGCCGAUCUGGAGCCGGAGGAGGAGGAGCAGCAGCGUCCAGAGCAAACGGAGGAGCUCUGGCUGAGGAGGAGGCAGCAUGGGCGCAGGUGAGCCUCGGGGGGGCAGCCCUACGGGAGGCACGGGCCGAGCUUGCUGAGGCCAGGAAACAGUGGCAUUCCCUGCAGGUGGAGAUCGAGACCCUUCAUGCACUGGAGAAAGGCCUGGAGAGCUCUUUGCAGAACACCCAGCGGAUGUACUCCAGCCAGCUGCAGGACCUCUCCCAGGUGAUCGCCGGACUGGAGAGCGAGCUGGAGCAUGUGAGGUGCGGUCUGGCCACGCAGCGCCAACGCCACAGCCAGCUGCUCAACACCAAGAUGAGACUAGAGCGAGAGAUCUCCACUUACCGACGUCUGCUGGAGCGUGAAGAGGGCAGGUACAUGAGCCGUAACGGGCAGCCGAUGACUCUGCUGCCCUGGAAGCCUCCUGUGGUGGAAGUGAAGGAGAACGGCUUUGAGAACGGCCUCAGUGACCCUGCCCUCACUCCGGACGAACCCAAGUCAGAGCCACUGCCUGAAAUACCUUCACUUCUCCCAUCAGACAACGGGCUAAAGAAGAGUUAUGUACUGCACAGACAGCAGAGCCUGGUGAUCCUCACAGAACCACAGCAGGAUAAAGAUUUGCCGAUCUCCACAGUGAAGACACAGGAGAUUCUUCAGGGCAACGUUGUGCGUGAGAGUGCAGAGGGUCACGGCACCAUUGAGACAGAGAAGAUCGACAAGGUGAUCAAACAGUGGGAGGGCUCUUUCUUCAGAGGAAACCCCAAACUGAGGAAGAAGUCGGUGUCGCUGCGCUUUGACCUGCACAUGGCGGCGGCCGACGAGGGCUGCGCCCAGACCAAACAGGACAGCCUCCCCGACGUGGAGGUUCGACUCAUCAUGAAGAGAUCCCGCAGCAUCCCAACAAUCACACCUUAACUUCUGUCGCUGCUGGUUUCCACAGUCAGCGCUGGUGUCUCCUGUUGCAGCUGUUUGUAGUAAUGCUGAAGUUACAGAAAUAUCAUGUGUGCCAUUAACAUAUUCAGUAUUAUCAUCCUAUUAUGCUUAAUAAGAUUUCCACUUUACACUGAAUGUAAUGACUGAGAUUUCUAUCAUUAUAAGGAUAACCGUCAGGCUUUUAUAGUGUCAGAAAACCACAUCAAAGGUAAUCACACAUUACAAAAUGUAUCUCAUUUUAUGAUGUGUUUCUGUUAUCAGCGCAGGUACAGAAGUGUCACGUGACAAAAGAAUUUCCAUUGAUUAUAUGACUGCUUAAAUACAGCGUUUAAUUCUGAUUAACACUCGUUACAGGAGUCAGACGGAAAGAUGAACGGAGGUGUGGAGUCGUACAUCACUGAACUACUGUGAACUCUGAAUGGGUGGGCUUUUAUUCGUAGAUUUUGUGUAAAUGCUUUGCACUGCAGACACAUAACUGCACUUAGAAGAACAUCAGCACUGAUAUCCUGACCAAGUGUGUUUGGAGGAUCUUUUUUUGUCACAUUUUGGUCUCUAUACAGAAAAAAAUAGACAUGAUUGCUACUUAAGCUAAUAAUGUAGGUGACAUUUUACACUCCGUUACUCCACAAAACUGCUCACUGUGAUCUUAAAAACAGUGAGGCUUGUCCUAACACUCACCACGCAUCUCAGAGUAUUCCCCGUCUCCACCACAGGAGGGCAGUAAUUGUAAAUAGUAAAACACUGCAGUGGGUCUUCAACUCAUGUUGUGUAACGCAGGCCUUUGUUACACCGUUAGAGUUUUUAUGCUAAGUUCUUGGUUGGCACCAAAGAUAUUUUAAAAAAAUAUAUAUAAAUGAAAUAUGAACCAUUGUGCAUUGCAUUUGGAGGCCUCGGAAUAUGUUGAAAAUACUUAAAGACUAUGCAGUUCUGUGGGGAUUUUUUUUUUUUUGUCCUUUUUUUUGCUUUGCUUCAAGAAGCACGCUCUUCGUGUUGGGAGCUCUGUAACUUCGGAAGGAAGCAUUCUGCUUUUAUCUAAUGAUUUAUCAUUUAUGGUAAAAUAAAAUAUGAGCAGACUGUUA